AUGACCAUUUGGGGUGCACUGAGCCGGGGUGGGACGGGGUGGGGAGGGCAUUGGUGCACCCAACCUGUACCAACCUCCAACCGGGCCAAAAAACAGAAAAGCUGCCUUAACUCGCCCGCGCGGGGGAGCUCAUUUGGCUGGGUUAACUGACCUGCCGAUCUGAGAGAAGCGCGCGUUGCGCCAACUCGCUCUCGCCUUCCUCCCACUCGAAUCUAUUUGAUCCGAUAGAUCAGCACGUAUCACCAGCACAACACCAUGUCGUCAACAUCUUACCCCGAGGUCCUGUGGGCCCAGCGCUCAAAGUGAGUCACCAUACCUACCCCAGACACCUCGAGUGUCUUUUCUGCCGGCGUGGCCCCACCACGGAGCUUGAUCGAACUUCGGCGAAGGAAUCCCUCCCGAGUGCAUUCAGCGCCGUACCUACGUUCCUGUGCCACCUGGAAUGGGUUAUCGUCCACCUUACUGACCACCGGUCUCUCUGCUCGUCGCAUGCUUUGAUCAUAACGCUCCCACCCACGUACACUCGUCCUGCGCCGACAGCGAGCACGAAUCCGAGAAGAAUAUCGUCUACCUCACCAUCGCCGUGCCCGAACUUGAUCCUUCGUACGAGCUUUCGAUCGAGGGCCAACAUAUCAAGUUCUCCGGCCGCUCGACCCCACCAAAAGGCACCAAUACGGCUUCGGCCGUUGCGGCCAAGACGUUCGCGUUCGAGCUCGAGCUCUUUGCCGAGGUCGAGGAACUCAAGCGUACUUUGAACGGCAAAAACUUGAGCCUUGUGUUGCGCAAGAAGGUCGCCCAGGAGGAGUUCUGGCCCCGGUUGACCAAGGAGAAGCAAAAGCUCAACUACCUCAAGGUGCGUUAGCUCACACCGCCGCGUGCGCGUUAUCCCCUUACGAGCGACACGGAGCAUGACCUCUUUCACUCCGAAGAGCGUGGACGAGAACAUGUGACUGACUCUGAGCCUGACUCUGAGCGCAUGUUCCCACCAUCGACAGACCGACUUCAGCAAAUGGGUUGACGAGGACGAGCAAGACCCCGCCGAGGAGGUCGAGGCCGCUGACCCGGUAAGCUUUCGAGUCAUGCCCACUCGUCGAGCCAAACGAAGAUUUUUGUGUUCUGACCCUGCUUCUCAUACUUUUUCAGAUGGCUGGAAUGGGAGGCAUGGGUGGCAUGGGUGGUGGCAUGGGUGGAGCCGGUGGGGCCCCUGACUUUGCCGGCAUGAUGGGAGGUAUGGGCGGUAUGGGAGGCGCCGGAGGGGAGAUGGUAAGCUGAUCAGAUGUAGAACGAUAGAGAUUUCCGUGUGUCCUCUUCGGCUACUGACGUCUUACUAUUUGGCGGCUUGCGCAGGAUUUCGAAAAGAUGCUCGUGAGUUGCUGGUUUGUGCCUCUGAUGCUUACGGGCUUUCGGGCUUUCGGGUCUAAAUCGAAUGUCAUUUCAUCACAGGCUCAAAUGAAGGCGCAAGGGAUGGGCGGUCUCGGUGGUGAAGAAGGUGGUGACGAUGCCGCCGCGCUCGACGCUCCCGGAGAAGACAGCAGCGACGACGACGGGCCGCCUCCUCUUGAGGAAGCCUAA